AUGCGGGUCCUCGCCAACGUCGUCGCUCCUCCUCCUCCUCCGCCGCCGCCGCCACGGGGCGCCCGUCCGUCCGCCCGCCCGGGCCAGGCACAGCCUCACCUCACCUCACCGUCAGUGAGCCCACCCUCGGCCGGCGGCGACCGGGCGGUCGUAGCACCCGGGUGUAAGCAGUACCCUCCUAGGGACGGGGCUGGCGCGCGCACGGGCAAAGACACGUCGGAAAGGGGGCGUUCUGUAAGAGUACGUAGUGACAGGAGUGGUAAAACCGCCAAGGCCGCCGCUGGUCAGCCUGCCCAGGCGCGAUCAACGAGGAGGGGAGGGGGUGGGCGUGGGCGUCAGGAUGGGCUCAACGCCAGCCAAGAAACGUGGCUUGCAGGCAAGGACGGCGAACCCCCCGGUUGA